AUGAAGGCUGUGUCGAUAAGGCAGCUGAGUGCCAUAAUCAUCCUAGAUAAUAAUGGGAAGCGAAUCGCAGUGAAGUAUUACAAUGACCAGUUCGCACCAAAGGGGGAAAACAAAUUAUUGUACAAGAGCUCAAGCAAGGAUAUGAUGAGUACCCCAUUUGAAGAAACGUAUAAUAAUUUACGAACAGUGGAGGACCAGAAAUUAUUUGAAAAUGAUAUAACAGAGAAAGCUAGGAAGCUGGGUGGGAACUCCAACGAAACGGAAGUGUUAGUCUUGAAUAAAUACACCAUCCUCUACCUGUUAAUAAAUGAUGUGAGCAUAUAUAUCGUAGGAGACGAAAGUGAUAAUGAAAUUAUUUUGCAUGAAGUUAUGCAAACGGUUCAGCAGUGCCUAGAUAAUGUUACAAAUAAUCAGAUCGGGAAGAAACAACUGUUGGACAAACUGGAUUCAAUAUAUUUAAUCCUCGACGAAAUUGCUGAUAGCGGAAUUAUUUUGGAGACCAAUCCUAACGUAAUUAUAAAUCGGUUGUACAUGCACGAGAGCGACUUGCAGGAACACACACCCCUCAACCAGGCCAUCUCCUCGGCUAAAGAGAACAUAAUUCGCAGUCUGCUCAGCGGCACGUAG